CGGGGGCGGAGAGUGGGAACUAAUCAUUCUUAACCGCGCGACUAUCCCCCUACACAGUAGAAAAUUCAUUCCUACAUUUUGACUAAGAUUGAAAGGACAUUUCGCCGUUAUCAGCUGUCUUUGCUGCCUGGUAGAGAUGGCUACGGAAAGCAUGGAAAUGAAUGGAGGAGCAGACAGAAACAGUGGUGGAGAGGCACCUCGCCCAGGGCGUUGGAGGCAGAGACCCGGUCCGCUUAACAUGAACCACUACGCCAAUAAGAAGAGUGCAGCAGAGAGCAUGCUGGACAUCGCCCUGCUCAUGGCCAACGCCUCCCAGCUGAAGGCCGUGCUGGAUCAGGGCCCCCAGUUCAGCUUCUACAGCGCCAUGGUCUCGCUCAUCAGCCUCAGCAUCAUCCUGCAGGUCAUCGUGGGCAUUCUCCUCAUCUUCAUCGUGAAGUGGAACCUAAAUGACGAGAGCAAACACUUCAAACUGAACGUGCUGGAAAACAUCGCCACAGGUUUCGUCUUCAUCAUCGUGGUCAUAAACGUCUUCAUCACGGCUUUUGGCGUCCAGCGGCCUAACCAAAGCGCCUAAGAGCGGAGCUGGGGGCGGCCCUUCGAUCCUCAGAUCCCCAUUGUUCUGCACCUAACAUGAGAGAGGGAUCUGAGCAGCCAAAGAUGGACGUUUAUGGGUCACCAUGAGCAGGGGCAGACAAACAACAAGCUGUCAAUUCCUUUUUGACACAGAGAUGGGACCAUUUCAUACACUAGCCUUUGCCCAGAGUAAAGGCCUUCCUGUAUCCAGAACUGAAGCUUUCCUCUAACCUGGGAUACAGACACAGAGCAUCGGUUUGCAACCAUCAUAUCAAAAUCACUUUUCACAUACAACACUGGAUAUUGAAGCCAAAUAUACGGGGGUUCCUUUACACAGGCUUUGAUGCCAUAAGCAUACAUUUACUAAGAGUUUGUUUGAAGAGGCUGUAUGAAAAUGCUAUAUACCUCAUCAGAUAUUGUAAGAACGGGUUCAUAUCAUACAGUCCAGGGCAGAUCCUGACUGUGCCAGUAACAGUUGCGGACUGGUGUCCCAGCUGCAGACUAAAAAUAACUACCAGCUCACUGCACUCAUUUCAAAGGACAUGCAUCCAAGUGUGUGUCCUCCACAGUUAAUGGAGUCAAGGGAGAGGUUCACAAUUACAGUUUUGGGCAUUGCAAAUUGGGGAAGAAAACAAAAUGUAGAAAUCUUGAAAGUAUUUGAUUUGCUGCAGGUUCCAGGGCAUUCCAUGUACAGAUUCAAAUACAACAUUACAUUUUUUUGGCAGAUGCUUUUAUCCAAAGCAACUGAAUGCCAAAGGUCAUUGGAACAACUACAAAAACGCAGAUUCGAUAAGGUACAAUACUCAUUUUGUACAGUUAUUCAUAGCUAAGCCAAAGAACAACAUUGCCAGCCACACAGUCUGGUUUAGAAUCCAGAUCAUGUCCGUGCUGACAGGGCAACUUGAAAUUGGUGCUACCACCACCCAGGGAAGGGAGUGUUGCAUUAGUCUGAGGAUGACAGCAUCUCAUUGUGCACUAGCGACCUCCACUGGUAGGUCAGACACUUGUGGUCUGCCUGUUGAGAGGCUUGAAGUGUCUUCCUCUAAAUCAUGUCUGUGUGAGCCUGGCUUGUAUACUGCUGCAAUGAGAACUGAUGAUGAAUAUGGCAUUCCAAAUUUGAAUUAAGAGGAAGGAAGUAUAAAAUACAUAUUUUUAAGUUACUGACAAAGGCAGAGACUUAUCAUAAACAAACUGCCUUAUCUGCAAAGCAUUUUUCAAUUUUUAAUAAAUGCAAUAUGUACAGUAUAUAAGGCAUGCUACAGAGAUUAGAGGGUAUAUUUACUAUGGAAUGCCCCCUGCACAGAGGUGCAAUGCAACAUCAUUGCAGUGGGACUUGUUACAGAGCAACUACAGCAGACAUGCAUCAGAAUGCAAACUACACAUACAGUGUUAUUAAUCAUCAGGCCUAAAGCUUCUGCCACAAUGCUGUGAUUUUUCUCCCUACAUCCAACUUCCAAGUACAGUUCUGAUGUUACUGAACCACAGUGAAAAUACUCUUUGCUACUAAGAAUAGAACUGCUCUUUGGAAGACAGGACUGAAGAAUUCUCUGCAGCCUGUGCCACAGUCAGUACAAGAGGAGACACACUGGACCCUCCACCAAAGGGAAGCACUCGUUUUCUAUCAGCAACUCACCCUCCUGCCAUUCAGUAAAAACUGAGGCGUACAAAACCCACCUGGCUGGAUGAAGAGCGCCCUCUAGUGCCUACCCUGGGAUCAUUCAACCAGUAUUAACCAUGUCACUAGUAGGGUGCAAUAAUGUACAUCUUCAGUGAGGUAGGACUGAUUAGUGGUUUCUUUGCAUUUGCCUUCCAUAUCAUUAUAACUAUGCAAUAACUGUAAAUCUGAAAAGAUGUGACUCGUGAUGUUUCCCGUGUAGGACAAGCUCACUGUCCUAAUCAGGAAUCUUUGCUCAUAUGAGACAUAGUAAUAAAAACCGAUUGCUGUUGUUGGUUUAUUUAUUCAGAUGUUUUUAAUGUAGUGAACUGCGUAGUCUGUGUUGAAAUACUACACUUCCAAUGCUUCUAUCAUUCAAAGACAGACAAGACACAUUUUUCAAAGGACGAGCAUGUUGUAUAAUCAUUUAUUGAUUACAUUCAAAAUAGUAAAACAUACACACCUUUCACUACAGAUAUAUUGAUGACAUUCAAGUAACAAAACAUUUCAUAAUGUGUGUGGCUUCCUACAUACCAGGGACAUUUUGUGUAUCAAAUUUCCAAGGCACUUUUGCCUAAUGGAUUUAAAUGUGUGCAGAAUGGAACAAAUUGACUGUAAAUUUUUAAUGAAUGAUUGCUUCAUUCUCUUCUAUAAAUGUUUUUCUUCUAGCUGUUUACUGUGUAGAUAUUCCAACACAAGCACUGCUAGAAUGUGUUUUAAACAGAGGCAUACAGUAAGUCAAUUUCAUGGGUAUUAGUGACUAAUAUGCCAAUAUAUUUCCAUGGUGUUUUCUUGAAUAUAUCAUGUAAAAAUGUGGAAAUACUGUCUUUUUUGUGUUGUUCUGUUUUUUAAGUAAUUGACCAAAUCAAAAUAUUUGAAUAGCUUAAUGUAGCUUGUUGGCUGUUUAAAGGAAAAUAGUAUCAUUUUAAAAUAAAAUCUGGUCUUUUUCUGGUCUG